ACAUUCCGGGAAUGGACUCGUCCGUCGCCAGGCCUUUGCAGUAGGGAGUUGUUCGGCGGUGCUCACAAGUUUUUCUUUACUUUACAUGUUAUUUUUGUUUGUUUGAGGGGCCGGAAUUUCCUAGUUUUUGGUUUCCCCUGCUUUUUUCUUUACUCGACCGGUUGACGGAGUGCUAAAUCACAGUGUUGGGGGUGUGGUGUACAACUACAGAGCUUAAGAAGAAAGGCAGGAAAGAAGGAAGGUAGAGUCGGACUGACCGCGGCGGAGCGUAUGAUGCCGACGUUGCGGGACAGCACCAUGUCCCACCCCGGCGAGAAUUCCCAUCAAGUCCGGGUGAAGGCUUAUUAUAAAGGGGACAUCAUGAUCACCCAUUUUGAACCAUCCAUCUCAUAUGAGGGUCUGUACGGGGAAGUGAGAGACAUGUGCUCCAUGGACAACGACCAGCUCUUCACCAUGAAGUGGAUUGAUGAGGAAGGUGACCCCUGCACUGUGUCCUCUCAGCUGGAGUUGGAGGAAGCGCUGCGUCUCUACGAGCUCAACAAAGACUCGGAGCUCAUUAUCCACGUCUUUCCAUGUGUACCAGAAAAGCCAGGCAUGCCCUGUCCAGGAGAAGACAAGUCGAUAUAUCGGCGUGGGGCCCGGCGCUGGAGGAAGCUUUACUACGCCAGUGGUCACGGCUUUCAGGCCAAGCGCUUUAACAGGAGAGCCCACUGUGCCAUCUGUACGGACCGCAUCUGGGGUCUGGGGAGGCAAGGAUACAAAUGCAUCAACUGCAAACUGCUGGUGCACAAGAAGUGCCAUAAACUGGUCACAGUGGAGUGUGGUCGACCAAUGUAUCAUGAUCCAAUCAUCCCAGGCCAACCAGACCAUACUGAACCAACAGCCCCACAGAAUAAAGACUCCAGAGAAAGCUUGAAUUACGACGGAGAAGAGAAAGAGGCACGGAACAGUAGAGACACAGGGAAGUCACCUUCUAGCCUUGGCCUCGCAGACUUUGACCUGCUAAGGGUGAUCGGCAGAGGCAGCUACGCCAAGGUGCUGCUGGUGCAGCUGAAAAAGACGGAGCGCAUAUAUGCCAUGAAGGUGGUGAAGAAGGAGCUGGUCAAUGACGACGAGGACAUUGACUGGGUCCAGACGGAAAAACACGUCUUUGAGCAGGCCUCUAAUCAUCCCUUCCUGGUCGGCCUCCACUCCUGUUUCCAGACAGAGAGCAGACUGUUUUUUGUUAUUGAAUACGUGAACGGCGGCGAUCUCAUGUUCCAUAUGCAGAGACAAAGGAAACUCCCAGAAGAACACGCCAGAUUUUACUCAGCAGAGAUCAGUCUGGCGCUGAACUACCUUCACGAGCGAGGAAUCAUCUACAGGGAUCUCAAGCUGGACAAUGUGCUGCUGGACUCUGAAGGACACAUCAAACUCACAGACUAUGGCAUGUGCAAGGAGGGCUUGAGACCAGGUGAUACAACAAGCACUUUCUGCGGUACCCCCAAUUACAUCGCCCCCGAAAUACUUAGAGGAGAGGAUUACGGUUUCAGCGUGGACUGGUGGGCGCUGGGGGUGCUUAUGUUCGAGAUGAUGGCGGGCCGGUCCCCCUUCGACAUCGUCGGGAGCUCUGACAACCCAGACCAGAACACAGAAGACUACCUCUUCCAAGUAAUAUUGGAAAAACAAAUCCGAAUUCCUCGCUCGUUGUCAGUCAAAGCCGCCAGCGUCCUCAAAGGCUUCCUCAACAAGGAUCCUAAGGAGCGUCUAGGCUGCCACCCUCAAACAGGCUUUGCCGACAUCAUGGGCCAUCCAUUCUUUCGAAAUGUCGACUGGGACCUUCUGGAACAGAAGCAGGUGGUCCCUCCAUUCAAGCCCAACAUCUCAGGGGAAUUCGGACUGGACAACUUCGACGCCCAGUUUACCAACGAGCCGAUCCAGCUCACGCCUGAUGACGAGGACGUAGUCAAGAAGAUCGACCAGUCUGAGUUCGAAGGCUUCGAAUAUAUCAACCCACUCCUGAUGUCGGCGGAGGAGUGUGUGUGAGACGUUGCUCGUACGCCACACACACCCACACACACUCGCACACUCAUGCACGUGUUACGUGGCGUCUCAGUGUCUCAAACUGCAUGGUUUUGGAACAACCCAGUAACAUCAACCUUUUGUUCAAGGACCACACAUGCACAGUAGAACGCUUAUUUGCCAAAACCAGUCUCACAGUCUGCCAUUUAUAACCACUUGUCCUUAAGCCUGACUUCUUUCUUAAUUAUUUUUAUACCAUGUAAAUCUGCACUGAUAUCGACUUUCUCAUCGGGGCCUCUUUAUUGGUAGCCGACAAGGCUACAGAGUUCUUCCAAGGUUGCUGGGGGAGGGAGGGAUGAAGCACAGCCCUUGACAGAUAAACUGAGCAUCCUCUCCUUCCAGCUGUUGGGGUGUCUUCAAUUCAUAUUUUAUUUGUGUGUAUAUGAAACGACUAUUGAGGGUAAAUGUUAGACAGGGCCUUUUUAGCUUCAAGCUGCAGUCACACAAAACCAAUGUUAAAUAAAGUUAUUUUGAAUUUAGCUUGGGCUCGGCAUCCCUUCUGUAGAGGAAUCAUAACACUAGCCCUUAAAAAAUAGAAAAAUUAAAAUCUAUAUAUUUUCUCAUGUUUAAUUUAACAGCAUAGCAGCCAUGAUGUAUGUUGUUCUGUGUUACAUGAACAGGCUGAGACUUUAUUGCUUUUGCUGGAAACAUUGUGUCUGCUUCAAGUUCCUGCAAUGGCGCUUAAACAGCAGCAUCUAACUAACUGUGAAUGAAAUGGGCUGGAAGAGAAGCACAUGAAACCUGAACGUUGGAGCACAGCUUUAGUUCUGCUGUUCACACCAUCCGCAACUUCAUGUUUAAACAGGACCAAAAAAAGCAUUUUUCUUGCCGGUACGUAUUAGAUGGUACAGUAUGAGAAAGAUGUUGUGUCCGAAGUCAUACACUUUAUAUAUUCACCUUUUCCUUUGCUCAGUUUAAUACUAUGCCUUCUGAAACAUGGUUUGUUUUUCUACUUUCUCCAUUCCAUGUGUGUGUGUUGAGAUUAUGGAAAGAGGCUCAGUUGAGACAUAGUGACGUUUCAGUCAUAGGACUGUGUCUGCUGUCCUCCACUUUAACCAUAUCACACUAUCAGACAUUAUGUGAAGCGGCUUUAAAGCAUCUUAAAGCUCUGACCAGCUGCGUUCCACUCCCGGCUGUAAUGACACUAAGUGACUGUGAUCGAGUUGAUGCCUCUCACUACUUAUAAAAAAAUGUUUUUAAGCACGUGGUGACCGGAGCAACACAUUCAUCUGUUACAUGUUACGUCUACGUUACUGUUACUUCUUUGUAAAGCCUGUUUUCAUUUUGAUUUUUUUUAUCACUACAUUGAUUCUGAAAUGUUACUGUUAAAUCCAAUGGAGACACUACCUGUUUUAUUUGUUUUGGGGUGUUCUCCACCCACAGGACUCUGCUGAACUUUAUUAGUAGUGUGCAAAGAAAAACACAGACUGUCAAAUAAACAUUUUAUUUCUCUUGUGGUAAUAUC